CUCUCCCAGGUGUGACCCCUCUAUUUUCUCUCCCAGGUCAAUGCCUUCCUCUCUUUCGUUUUCCCAAUGGUGGUCAUUUCCGUGCUGAACACCAUCAUUGCCAACCAACUGAUCAUCAUGGUGAAACAAGCCCACCAGGAGAACCAAGUGUGCACCAUCGGGGGGCAGCAGACGGUCCUGAGCAUGUCGAUAGAACCCAGCCGAAUCCAGUCGCUGAAACAUGGCGUCCGAGUCCUGAGAGUGGUGGUGAUCGCCUUCGUGGUGUGCUGGUUGCCGUACCACGUGCGCCGCCUGAUGUUCUGUUACGUUCCGGAAGAGAUGUGGUCGGAUGAACUCAAUGAUUUCUUUCUACCAUAUCUUCUACAUGUUGACCACGUGCUGUUCUACGUUAGCUCUACCGUCAAUCCAUCUCUCAACCUGGUGUCUGCCAUUUCCGUCAGAUCUUCGUCUCUACGCUCAGUUUUUUAUGCACCCUGGAAAAGGAAGAAGAAGCGACCCGCCUUCACCCGCAAUCCAACAGCAUCUCCAGCACCAACCACACUUCUCUCCACGAUCACCAGGGAGACCCCUACUGAGGUCCCUUAA